AUGGCGCGACGCAGCAUCCGCAGGAAGAGAGUGGCUGUGGCUGAGUCGGAGCCAGCAGGGGAUGUGGCUGAGCCGGAGGCAGCAGAGGAUGUGGCCGAGCCGGAGGCAGCCCCGGAGCCCUCUGCCCCGAAUGAUGAGGAGAUUGCCGUUCCCAACGUGUUCGCUGGUCGGAGGUGCCCGAAAACUGAGGGUGCCAAAGGCUGGCUGGUGUGGCAGCACAUUGUCAAGUCCUUUGCCCAGUUGAUUGACCCGAACCUCCCGGAACGAUCCCGCACCAAGCACGAGUACGACUACUGGAAGAUGGCCAAGAAAGCCUUCGACGAGGAUGAUUCCGUGGUCUCUGAAGGAGACUUCAAGACAUUCUUCUUGGUACAAGCUGAAGUGUAUGUCCAAGAGAAGGUGGUUCUUCCCAUCCAGGUCUUCUUGGAGUGGCGCGAUGGCAUCCAAACGAAGGCGAGGAUCUAUCCAGCUGGCCUGGGCGCGAGACUGCUCGAGAUCUUCAAGUUUCUCAAGACCACCAUGGCACCAUGCACCAUUCGGGGUGAAGGUGAUGCUCUUGAGAUGUUUCGGAGUGCAACUUACGAGGAUGAGUGCUCUGAUGGGGAGCUUCAGGAGGUGCCAGGCGCCAUGGAUCCUGUCACAGUGAGGCUUGCGAAGGUAUUGCUCAGCAAAGCAUGGAGUGGCCAGCAGAAGCCCGAGGAACCUGUGGAGCAGGAUGAGCGUGAGAAGUUGCUUGAGCUCCUACAGAGCCAAGCAAAGCUCAUCGAGCAACUUCGUGGGGGAGCUUCUGCCCCUAAUCUUUGCCAGACCCCUGAUGCCAAGCGCAGCAACCGAACUCCCCGACGUCGCUUGACAACCAAGACACCUUCUCCGAAUGCCAAGAACAAGACCCCUAGCCCCUCGAAGAAGAACCCUAGCCCAUCGAAGAAGGAUCCCAGCCCGUCGAAGAAGGAUCCCAGCCCAUCGAAGAAGGAUCCCAGCCCAGUGAAGAAGGAUCAGCCUGGCUCCAUCCAAGCGCUGCCACCCCAGGACAUACCUGAUGAGGACGAUGCCAAGUACUGGAACAAGAUGCGGUCGAAGGUGAAUCGUUUCUGUGGUCCCACAGCCUCAGGGAAGCUACGUGUCAGCGACGAUAUCCAUGCUAUGUGGAAAAAAGCUGGAACAUCUCGAGACGUCCUAGUCUCCCUUAUGGCAGAGGCUCACAGCUAUCUCGUGGCAGCUAAGGGCGACUUCAUUCGGAAAGUGGAAGUCUACAAAGAAACCCAAAAGUUUCGCAAGCAGAUGACCGACGGAGGAAUCAUCGAGAUGGCGGAGGCAAACCCUGCCCUCAAGCGGAUCAACAAGUACGACGGAGAGCCGGAGUACUGGGUCGACAUCAGGACCCAUGGAACCAGGGGCUUGCAUGAAAUUGAGGGUGUUCGGGACUCCACGAGUGCGAAGGGCAAGGUUGACAGCCUAGCAGACUCCAGCAAGCCUGAAGACCUGGACAAGAGCUGGAAUCAUGAUCCAGAACCAACAGGUGUUGAAGAAGGCAAAGACAGAGUAAAGGACAGCCUUCAACGACACAUGAACGAGGCCGUCACUUCGAGAGAUAAGCUGAGCAAGUUCAUGGAGCGCCUGGAUGAGGACGAUGCAUCGGUCGCUACGGAGAUGCCCAAGAUGCUGGCGGUGAUCAAGGCUCUUGGAAAUCACUAUGAUGAGCUUGCAAAACUGCAAGCUGAUGCAAAGGUCCAGGAGUUGACAGGUCUGCAGCAGGACGAGUUCUCCAAAGUGUGCGAAGCGGUCAAGCGGCAGAUGAUUAUGGCGACAUCUUUGGAGAUCAAGAACAAGAAGCUGAAGAAGAAGCCGGGGAAGCCAGCCGGUAAGCGCGAUUUGGAUGAGCCAGUGCACGAAGCCAACCCCAAAAAGAAGCCGAAAAAGACCAAGGGCAAGGAUUGUGUUGAGAAGCUACGGAGGGAGACUGGUGGAGAGUCUUUGGCGAUUUUCAAAAUCGGAAUAACCCAUGACUGCACACCUCGCUUUCAGCUGUACGAAAGCAAUGGCUACACGAAGAUGCUUGUUAUGCACACGAGCAAUGAGCUGGCCACGAUCGAGAUGUUAGAAAGUGCUCUCAUCGCUAUCUAUGGGCGCAAAGUUCAAUGUCGCAAUGUCCAGCUGGGUGGGGAGGGAAUGCGAAAUCGAUAUUUCGAAGCAAAGUUCGCCUCUGCGAAGCACGUGGCGACCAUUGCCAAGGCCUUUGCGACCGAGGCAAAUCCGGCUUUGGCUGAUAUGGCUAAAGCACCCUUGAAUGAUGCUGAGAAAUCAUUGCAAGCGAUGCUUCGAAAGUGGGACCUUACCCUGAAUGUGCCGUGGACAUAUACUGACCUGGGUGAUACAUGCUCUGUGCCAAUGCUCCGACCAACAGAUUAUGUUGCUACUUUGUUUGAGAAGGGCUACCUGCACAAACUGCUGGGUGGCUCUGUUGCCAGCAGCGCCGUCUUGGAUGUAAUGGGAAGCCUUUUAAACAAUCUAAGCCCCUCACGACUUCGAGACUUUUGGAGCAAGUACAAACAAGAGGAGCCGAACCAUGACUUGUGGCUCCACGACUUCUUGGAGUUUGACAAUCUGGUGCCUCUUUACAUACACGGCGACGGCGGCCGUACUUACUGCCGUGACGAGCUCAUGGUGGUGGCCUUCCAGCCGAUACUGGGCCUGGGCUCCCGCAAGUCGAACCCACUGAUGCUGCGAACUGGCAAGCCCGGGGUCAACCUCCAAGGCCAUUCCUUCACAACCCGAUUUUUAAUCGGGGUGUUGUACAAGGGUAUAUAUAAGGAGCACCCUUCUCGUUUCGACAACUUCAUGACUGAGGCCUUUCGGGACUUGGAGCAGCUUUUUUACCAUGGGUACAACAUUGGUGAUCGGGUUCUGCGGUUUGUCGUGCUGGGCACGAAGGGCGACCUUCCGUUUCUGGCGAGGGCCGGCCACCUCAACAGGUCCUUUCUCAACAUCAGAAAGGGUCCGGAAGGACCCAAGUCCAGACCCCUUACUGGAUGCUGCUGGUUAUGCCAUGCGGGCACGCCUGGUUAUAACUUCGAGGACCUGGGCCUGGAACCCAAGUGGCUGGAAACUUGUGGGCCCAACAACCCGCCGCCCUGGGAAGCUUUGGCACCGUUUUUUGACCACUUGCCAUACAUCGUACAAGACAAGGCAUCUUUUUUUACACUGGACCUCCUGCACAUAUACUUUUUAGGUAUAGGCCGCGACUAUGGUGCCAGUGCCCUGGUUAUGGCACUUGGCAUUUAUAAUGCGGCUUCGGUGCCAGAGGCGUUGGAUGCCCUGAACGUGGACUUUCGUUCUUUUCUGAAGAGCACACACAAGCAGGUCCACUUCAAGAAGCUGACACGGGACUUGUUGGGCUAUCCUGCAGAUACUGCUUUCCCAUGUGGCCACUGGAGCAAAGCAACUGAUACUCCUGUCCUCGUCGAGUUUGCAAGCUGGGUGCUUCAGAAGAACAAAGAUCUGUAUGACAGGACAAAGAUUUAUCAGGUGGUGGUCAGUGGAUGCACAGCGAUGGGGCACUUCAUGAAGACUCUUCUGGAGGCAUCCUUGUGGAUGUCAAAGACUGAAGCGGUGGCUGCAGGAAAUGCUGGCCUUCACUUUCUCCGCUGUUACCAGAAGGCGGCAGAUUUGUCGUUUCAGGCACGAGCUCUUCGGUUUAACUUGGUGCCCAAACUGCAUUGUUAUCACCACGUCUGCCUUGAAUUGCUUUUCAAGGCUCGGCGGUGCGACAACAUACUCAACCCACUGAGCAGGGCGACAUUCCAGGACGAGGACUACAUUGGAAGGGUGUCCAGGUUGAGCCGAAGGGUUUCACCGAAACUGCUUUGCUUGCGAACGAUCCAGCGGUAUCUUGUGGCCACACGUGUUGAGUUGGACAAAGACCGACGAUAA